GAUACCAUUGGGAUGCAACAUCUUUUUUGUAUUUUGCGGUGUGUGAUCUGUUAUUAAAGGGAAAGAAGCCGUGUUCACUGCUGGAUCUUUUACUUUUUAUCUUCCAUAACUGGAUUAAUUUGUUUUUUGGAAUACACUUGUAUGCUUUUGAAACGCAUUAACUGCAUUGGCUGUUUUCACCAUAUUUUUUGAACUGGCGAGUGGUCUACCCCCCCAAACCCCAACCCUCACAUAUACUAAACAAAGUAUUACGUUUCACGUAUGACAUUACUGGUCAUGAAGGAAAUAAUUCUAAACUUCUAGGGUUAAAAAGAAUGUCAUCAGAGGAUAAGAGUCUGGAGCUCUCUGACCAAGGACCAUCACCGCCCCCUGGCAGCACUGGGGCCACGCCCGCGGGCAGCCCGGCCACCACAGACAAGCGCCCUCGGGGCCGGCCGCGCAAGGAUGCAGUCGCCCCCACGCCUACGCCCACGUCCACGCCCACGCCCAAGCCCAAAAAGAAGUCCCGCAGCCGAGGGAGAGCCGCGGCCGACGAUGACGACAGCAUGGACGGGAUCGAGGCGUCCGAGCCCGACGGCGCUCUGGAAACGGCAGAAACGCUCAGGCCGCAGGAGGACGAGAGCCGGAGCGAGCAGUCCGCCGAGGGGCCACCCGAGGACCGGAGCCCCGGCCCCGGGCCCCUCCCCGAGGCCUGCGAGCCGGACGGCGCGGUGGGGCCCUCCGCGUCCCCCGCCGCACACACCAAAAGCAGUGAACAGCUCUGUGCCUUCUGCUACUGCGGAGGACGGAGUCUUCUGGGCCAGGGCGAGCUGAGAGUGUUCGCCCCCACACCCGGAUACGCCCCCCCGCACCGCCCGACCCGGAGAGGAAGCACCGAAAACGACGGAGAUAAAAGCCCCCGACGCAGCCCCACCAGGCAGGAGCCGAGCAGCCCCAUUAAGCCUCACUCCCCCUUCACCUCCGGGGAUGAACCAGCCAGCAAGUCCUGGGACGAGUUGGGGCAGGUCGGCCUCCCGGAAGACAUUGAUGUCCAGUCUCUCUUCAAUCUUUCAGGGCAGUGCUGCGCUCACCAGCGCUGCUCGGAGUGGUCAGAGGGCGUGCACCAAGGGGAGGAGAGCCAAUCGCUGUGCAAUGUGGACAGAGCCGUUGACUCAGGGAGCACAAAGCACUGUGCAUACUGUAAGCGCCUUGGAGCAUCCAUCAAGUGCUGUGAGGAGACGUGCGAUCGCUCGUACCAUUACCCCUGUGCCGCCGCCGCCGGGACCUUUCAGGACAUCAGGAGCCACACCCUCCUCUGCCCCGACCACAUCCAACUGGCAAUCGAACGAUCCCAGGACGACGCCAGCUGUGCCGUGUGCGACAGCCCCGGGGACCUCCUGGACCAGCUCUUCUGCACCAGCUGUGGCCAGCACUACCACGGCAUGUGCCUGGACAUCGCCGCCACCCCGGUCAAGCGGGCGGGCUGGCAGUGCCCCGAGUGCAAGGUCUGCCAAACCUGCAAAAACCCUGGAGAAGACAGCAAGAUGCUGGUGUGUGACACUUGCGACAAAGGCUACCACACCUUCUGCCUGCAGCCCGCGAUGGACUCCCUUCCGACCAACGGCUGGAGGUGUAAGAACUGCCGGGUCUGCGUCCAGUGCGGCUCUCGGACCAGCGGCCAGUGGCACCACAGCUGUCUGCUGUGUGACGGCUGCUCCCAGCAGCAGGACUCCGUCGCCUCCUGCGUGCUCUGCAGGGGACCCCUGAUCCCCGACGCCCAGAGGGACCUGCUGUCCUGUCACAUCUGCAAAAGGUGGCUCCACCUCGACUGCGAGCGGCAGGCCGGGGGGGAUGCAGACCUCCAGGUCAGAGAGGAGUACGUCUGCGCCGACUGCAGGCAACUGGAGCUGGAGAGCGAGGAGGCCCGCGUGCCGGAGGAGGAGCUGCCGGAGCACGGCCCCGCAUCAGAGCCCUAUGCACAUGAUGCCAUUGAAGAGGCGUACCUGCUGGACCACAUAUCCCAUGAGGCCGCUGUCAUCGACAGGCACAGAGGAUUCUCAACAGGCACGGCCCCUAGCCGGGAGAGUCGGCCGACGGUCGUGGUGAUGGAGAGCCCAGAGUCCCCCCCAGAGUCGGUCGCCCCGGGCGAGCAGCCCGACCCGCCCUCACGGGUCAUGGUCUACAGGAAGGUGGUCGAGGAGCCAGCCGCCACGGAGACGGUCGAAACGGAAGUGGUGGAGGAAACAGCGGAGGAAACAGCGGAGGAAACGGCAGAGUCCCCGCGUGAGGAGGAGGCGGCAGCGGCGGCGGACAUCAAGCAGGCGGCCGAGUCGCCGGAGGAGACGCCGCCCUCACCAACCAAAGAGCCGGUCGCCGAGCCUCCUCCGGUGGUGGAGGAGGAGGUGGAGCCCAUGGAAGUGUCUCCCCCUGAGCCCGUGGAGGCAGAUGGAGCGGGCGAGGGGGCUGCCCCAGAGGAACAGGAGGCCACGCCUUUAGAGGAAGAGGCUGAGGCGGAGGCGGAGCCACAGGCAGAGCAGGAGGAGCGAAAGGAGGAAGAGGAGGAGAAGGCGGAUCUGGCGGCUGUGCCAGCAGAGCCGGGGGAGGCCCCGUCGGCCCCUGGGGACAGCCCCGCGCUGGAGAUGGACACCACCCCGGCGAGCGAGCGCAGCUUCUCCGACCUCAGCUCCCCGGCCGAGGACAAAGCCCUGAAGCGCUCCCCCGAGGAGUCCUCGGAAGGCUCGGCCAGGCCCGCCCCGUCGCCCCUCCCGGCGUGGGCCUCCGCCAAAGAGCCGGCCCCGCCCCAGGCCGCCCCCGGGGCGGGCGAAAGCGGCGGAAACGUGCCUUCAACCACCUUCAUCCCCGUGACCCCUAAAAUCGGCAUGGGAAAGCCGGCCAUCUCCAAGAGGAAGUUCUCCCCGGGAAGGCCUCGAGCAAAACAGGGAGCGCGGAGCGCCCACGGCAGCGGCCGCUCGCCAUCAUGGUCCCCGGACCGCUCAGAGGGGUGGGACUCCCCCAAGACGAGGCACCCCCAGACCGCGCCCGCCUGGAGCAUCAGAGUGGGUCGGGGGUCGGGUUUCCCGGGAAAGAGGAGGCCCAGGGGGGCCGGCCUUUCUGGACGAGGGGGGCGGGGCCGCUCCAAGCCGAAGAACGGGAUCAGCCCCAUCGUAGCUCCCGGGAUCAGUGUCAUGGAAACCCCGUACCCAGUGAAGGAAGAGGAGGAGAACGCUAUGCACAACACCGUCGUCAUGUUCUCCAGCUCUGACGCGUUCACUCUGAAACAGGACAUGUGUGUGGUCUGCGGGAGUUUCGGGCAGGGUGCUGAGGGCAGGCUGCUGGCCUGUGCUCAGUGCGGCCAGUGCUACCACCCCUUCUGCGUCAGCAUAAAGAUCACGAAGGUGGUGCUGAGCAAAGGGUGGCGCUGUCUGGAGUGCACGGUGUGUGAGGAGUGCGGGAAGGCCACCGACCCCGGGCGCCUGCUGCUCUGCGACGACUGUGACAUCAGCUACCACACCUACUGCCUGGACCCGCCCCUGCAGACCGUCCCCAAGGGCAGCUGGAAGUGCAAGUGGUGCGUGUCCUGCACGCAGUGUGGUGCCACCUCCCCCGGCCCGCGGUGCGAGUGGCAGAAUAACUACACCCAGUGCGCCCCCUGUGCCAGCCUGGCCACCUGCCCCGUCUGCCUGCGCAGCUACUGCGAGGAGGAGCUCAUCGUGCAGUGCCGGCAGUGCGACAGGUGGAUCCACGCCACCUGUCAGAAUCUGAACACGGAGGAGGAGGUGGAGAAAGCUGCGGACAACAGCUUCGACUGCACCAUGUGCCGAGCCCACACGGCUCCGUCGCAGGUGGCCACGACCACAGCUCCUGCCCAAUGCAUUGAGCCACCGGCGACAGUACAGGUCACAGUGAAGACCAAGGAAGUGGACCCGGCGAAGACAUACACGCAGGAUGGGGUGUGCCUGACGGAGUCGGGCCUGUCCCAGCUGCAGAGCCUGGCGGCGGCCGCCUCCCGCCGCAAGCGCCCCAAACCCAAACUCAAGCUGAAGAUAAUCAACCAGAACAGCGUGGCGGUGUUGCAGACCCCGCCCGACCCCCAGUCUGAGCACUCGCGGGACGGGGAUAUGGACGACAACAGAGAAGGAGACCACUUGGACUGCGAGGUGAAGUCCGACUCCAGUCCCGAGAGAGAGCCCACGGACGAGGACGGCAAGGCGGCCGAGGCCGCCGACGGCGCCAAGAAGAGGAAGAGGAAGCCGUACCGGCCGGGAAUUGGCGGUUUCAUGGUGCGUCAGAGAAGCCGGACGGGCCAAGGCAAGGCCAAACGCUCCCUCUCGAGAAAAGAUUCCUCAGGCUCUGUGUCUGAGAACCCACUGGGGAAGGAGGAAGGUUGGAAUGAGCAGACGCCGGAUACGCCGGUGGACGAGAGCGUGCCGGGGUCGGAGUGCCUGGAGAAAGCCAAGAAACGCUACAGGAAAAAGAAAACUAAACUUGAGGAGGCCUUCCCCUCCUACCUGCAGGAGGCUUUCUUUGGGAAAGACCUGCUGGACAAGAGCAAGCAGAGCAAGCAGGCUCUCGAGACGGGCCUCUCCGAUGAUGACCGCACCCAGGCCGACAGCAAGCCCUCCAGCGCCAGCUUCCUGGACCCCUCCUCUGACCCCCUGCUCAGCGCCGCCACCACGCCCAUCUCCGCCAAAGCUGGGGCUCCACCCAGCUCUGAGGAUCCUUUGGCAGACCUGUCUGAGGUGCUGAACACAGAUGCGGACAUCCUCGGUAUGCUGUCAGGUGACCUGGUCAAGCCGGCGGAGGAGUCAGGUCUUGAUUUAUGCCCUUUCCAGGUCGAGAACCCUCCCUCUCCAUUUGCAGACCUGGAUAUCGGCCCACUCACGGACGACUCGGGGGCCCACUCCCAGCCCCACCCUGACCGAGGCACACGCGCCCUGCAGGAGGAGCCACUGGACAGCAUCCUCAGCCCUGAACUGGACAAGAUGGUCACUGACGGUGCAAUCCUCAGCAAGCUGUACAAAAUUCCAGAACUGGAAGGGAAGGACGUGGAGGAUCUCUUCACAGCUGUUCUGAGUCCCAGCACCAGCCAGCCUCCACAGCUGCCCCACCCCCAGGCCUCUGCCCCCAUGCCCCCCGCGGCAGGACCCGCCAUGCCCCUGCCAAAUCCAGGAAAUGGCAUGUUUCCACGGAUGCCGAUGAUGAACGGCAUGAUGGGAAGGGGCCCACACUUUGCCGGGACCCCGAUGACCCCCGGCGUCUCCCCUACCUUCUCUCCCCUCCAUCGCUUGCCUUUCCCUGAUAACACAAGAGAAAAGAAGUUCAGCCCGAUGGGGAGAGAGGCGGCAGGCCCCUGGCCCACUCCCGUCCCCGGCCCUGGCCCCGCCCCUGCCCCCCCGCCCGAAGCAGAGGCGGACACCAUGUCCAAUGCUCAGAGGAGCACGCUCAAGUGGGAGAAGGAGGAGACCCUGGGGGAGAUGGCCACUGUGGCACCCGUCCUCUACACCAACGUCAACUUCCCCAACCUCAGGGACGAAUUCCCGGACUGGUCUACAAGAGUUAAACAAAUUGCGAAACUGUGGAGGAAAGCCAGCUCCCAGGAAAGAGCUCCAUAUGUGCAAAAGGCCAGAGAUAACAGGGCUGCCCUACGCAUAAACAAAGUCCAGCUGUCUAAUGAAUCCAUCAAACGGCAGCAGCAGCAGCAGCAGCCGCCUGAUGCAUUCGACCCCGCUGUCCCGCUGGAAUCGGAACCCCUCUUCAAGGAUCCGCUGAAGCACAAGGAGUCUGAGCACGAGCAGGAGUGGAAGUUUCGACAGCAAAUGAGACAGAAAAGUAAACAGCAAGCUAAGAUCGAAGCCACCCAGAAGCUGGAGCAGGUGAAGAACGAGCAGCAGCAACUGCAGCAGCAGCAACAGCAGCAGUUAGGUGGCCAGGCAGACGGGGAGACUCCAAACAGCGGCAACCAGAGUCCCGCAACCCCACAGCCUAGUAACGGGAGCGCAUCCCCCAUGCAUCAGAUGGUGCCUAAAGACAGUUUCGCUAGGCCGCAGCUGCCCGGAGCGGCGGCAUCGGAGUCUGCAGACGAUGUCUUUCUGCGGCCCCCACCUCCUCCCCCUGCUGCAUCCCGCACGCCUGCCCAGGACGGAUGUUCACAGGGGCAGUCGUCUCAGCCGCAGUCCCCGCAGGUGUUCUCGCCAGGCUCGUCCAGCUCCAGGCCGUCUUCUCCGUGGGAUCCGUACGCCAAGAUGGUGGGGACUCCGAGGCCACCGCCUAUUGGGUCGAGCGCGCCCAGGAGGAAUUCGGAGUCCGGCAAGUCCCCGCGGUCUCUGGAGCAGCAGGAAAGGGGGAGGCCGUCACCGGCACACGAGUCCUUCGGCUCGCCGACGUCCAUGAGCAGCGACCCCUACGCAAAGCCACCCGACACCCCCAGGCCUGUGGCGCCUGCCGACCCAUUUCUGAAGCCCAUGGAUCCCCCCAGGACAAGCCUUGGUCCUGAACAGGGGAGACAUGUAAUGAGUUCUCCGGGGGGCAACACGUUCACUAGGCCCGCUCUUCGAAAUGAGGUUUACCAACGAAUGCCUCAAAACCGGAUGAUCCUGUCCGACCCCUACUCCAGGCCCCUUUUGACGCCUAUCCCAGGAAGCAAUGAGUCUGGCUCCGUGCCACUCUUCAAAAUGCCAAUGCCACCCCCUCAGUCGCAAGACCCCUACGGCUCCAUGCAUUCUGCGCCACGGCGUGGACCUAUUGACCCCUACGACAGGCCUGUGCCAAGUCCCAUGCCCUCGGAUGGAUUCUCUCAAAACCAGCAGAGUGACCCUUACGCACAUCCUCCCCUCACUCCUCGCCCAUCAAUGAAUGACGGCUUUAAUAACCCUCAAAGGAUGUUACGCAACCCAUUCCCCCAGCCAGGUGCAGUGGCACGGGAACCUCAGAGAGAUCCAUACGCUCAUGCUCCAUCAACCCCCAGGCCGGAUUACUCCCAGUCUAUGCCUGAUCCCUACGCCCAGCCUCCAGGUACUCCACGACCCUCAUCUGACCCCUACGCUCAGCCUCCCGGUACUCCUCGCCCAUCUUCUGACCCUUACGCUCAGCCUCCUGGCACCCCAAGGCCCUCCUCAGGCCCUUACCCCCAGCCCCCCUCGGCUAACCCCCGUCCAGUUGCUGUGGACCAGUACUUGCAGCAGCCUCAGCAGCAGCUUCCCAAUCGCAAGCCGUCCCCCUCGCAUUCGGUAGACCCUUAUGCCCAGCCUCCCGGUACUCCCCGGCCGGCCUCUGCAGAGAGGUUCUCUAAAUCGCCUGGCAGCCAGAGAAAUGCUGAUCCUUACGCCUACCCUCCAGGGACCCCAAGACCUGUGAGCAAUGACCCAUACGCCCAGCCACCUGGAACACCCCGACCCGUGCUGAUGGAUCCUUACGCCCAGCCUCCAGGAACCCCACGGCCCGGGGCAGGCCCUGACGGGUUCAAUAGGCCAGUCGCCAGGCCUGGACCCAUGCCCAAUCAAGACCCUUUCUCAGUGCCUCAAGCCAGAAUGCAGCAGGAGACCUUUGUGAGGCCGGCCGCCCCUGGAUCUCAGACACCAAAGCAUACAGGCGCAUCAGACAAUGGAUUUUCUCCAUCUCACCCACCCAACCAGACUCCUGUUCAUGAUCCCUACGAGCAGGCCCCUAUGACACCUCGACCACCAUCUGGGGAAAGGCUCUCUCAUGAUGUGAAAGACCAAGGAGCAGGACAGGAGGGUGGCUCCCAGGAUUUGGGACAGUUUUCAGCCCUCCCACAGUCUGCUGGAACAUCCUCUGAGGCACAUAGUGGCGGACCUUUGGCAGACACAGAAGAGAGACUCAGACAGCGGCAGCGUAUAAGAGAGCUGAUCCUGAGACAGCAGCAGCAGAAGAGCGCUGUUCGCCAAGAGAAGAGCCUGCAGGAGCAGAAUAUGGCUGUAGGCCCUGGAACGCCCCGCCACUGGUCACAGGAAAACUCAGGCCAGCAGAACGACAUGUUCGGCAGACCUCCUCCCCCGUACCCGGGGACCAUGAGAGGACCACUGAGGUUCCCUGGGCCCUUCCCAGGUGACCGACAUGGACCUUUUCCCAACGAGGGGCAUUUUGCAAGACCACAAUUUCCUGGAGAUGUUGUCAAUAUGGGAAUGAGGCCUCAUGGACCAAGGCUUGGAUUUCCCCCUGGUGGUCAGGCACCUCAUGGAGGGCAGGAACGCUUCAUGAACCCUCCUCACCAGAUGCAGGCUCCUAUGAUGGACCUCCCCCCACAGAUGCGGAGGUCUACGUCUGUCGAUAUGGCCAGGUCCAUGGGAAACAACUCGGCGGGGCUCCCCCAGCACUUCCCCCCACGAGGAAUGCCAAUGCCACAGCACAAUAUCAUGGGACAGCCUUUCAUAGAGCUCCGACACAGAGCUCCGGAUGCCAGGAUGAGGCUUCCUUUCGGGCCUCCGGUCAUGGGUGGGAACACCAUGGAUCCGUCUGGCCAGGCCCCAAGGCCGCAAGGGCUCAUUGGUGGACCUGAGGUUGGAUUCCCUGCGGCUCAGGGUCCCAGGAUGAUGGACCCCGCGAUGAACCAGCUUGGAGGAAUGGCCGGCCACAUGCAGAUGUCGUCCAGCAUGGAAAACCUACACCAGCCCCCCAUGCAAAUGAAUGCCGGGCCUCAGCUUGUGAGGUCUCUGAGCCACCCGAGUUCCAGUGAGUCCUUCAGCACGGCUCCACCCGUCCUCCUUCCUGCAGCACCUGCUGAACAAUCCGAAGAGAUCCCGAUAGCCGCCGCCGACGGAAUCGAGGAGAAACUGGAUGCCGACGACUCUGCGGUGAAAGACCUCGAAGACGUGGAGGUGAAAGACUUGGUCGACGCAGACCUGGAAAACCUCAACCUCGACCCAGAAGAUGGGAAGGACUUGGACCUUGAAACCAACGACUUGCACCUGGAUGACUUUUUCAGGUCGGGGAAGUUUGACAUCAUCGCCUACACAGAUCCCGAGCUUGACCUGGAGGACAAGAAAGACAUGUUCAAUGAAGAGCUCGACCUCAGCGAUCCCAUCGAUGAUCACAGUGAGGCCUCGGAUUUACAGAAAGCGCUGGCGGAGAAAAGGAACACAAGUUCUACCAGUUCUGGGUCAUCUUCUCAGGCAAUGGCUGAGUCCAGGAUGGGUAGGCCUGGGGAUGUGGCAGAGUCUCAGAGCCAUGUCAAACAGGAAGCCGGUUCCAAUCAGAGAGCCAAUACCAUGUGUGCUGAACAGACCAUUAAGAUGGAAGGCAAAGACAGUCUAAUGCAUGGGCAGGAGCCCCCCUGCAGAGACCAAAGUAAUGAAGGGACAGCUGGAAAUAGUUCAGGCCUCUCUGAGGCCUCAGCCCAGCAUGCUAUUCAGCCCUGUGCUGGCGCCCUCCCUGGCUCCACACCAGUCCUCUCCAGCUUGCUCAUCAAGGAGAAAUCGGAGGAUGUUCCACAUGGCCCGAUGGGUCCCGAACAGAGUGACCCCUCAGCUAUACCUAGCCAGUUACCAGGAAUGGCGCAGAAUCCCAGCGUCAUGAUGACUGCGGGGCAAAUCCCAGAGCAUGUGCUGAACCCUAGUCUGGCUAUGGGCCACAUGAUGGACCCCACGCAGGGAGCACCUUUGGGGAAUCAGAACAUCAUGCAGGGACAGCCCCCUUGCCAGAACUUUGGAGCCACCCAGCAGAUGGACCAGAUGCUCCCCAUGGGUAAUCAGCAGCUUGCUAAUAACAGCAUGGCCCAGGGCCAGCAGGCUAUGUUCUCCCAGGCCGUGGGCCAGCAGAACAGGCCCUUGCUACUGGAGGAGCAGCCCCUGCUUCUGCAGGACCUCCUGGACCAGGAGAGGCAGGAGCAGCAGCAGCAGAGGCAGAUGCAGGCCAUGAUCCGCCAGCGCUCCAGUGAUUCCUUCUUCCCCAACAUCGAUUUUGAUGCAAUUACUGAUCCUAUCAUGAAAGCAAAGAUGGUCGCCCUAAAGGGAAUCAACAAAGUGAUGGUUCAGAACAACAUGGGAAUGGCACCCAUGGUCAUGAACAGGUUUCAGAUGGGUGCCCAUCAAAUGCCAGCAGCUGAGUGUCCUGAUAAUGCUGCAGUUCCCCAGCAGGUUGUUGGAAUGGAUGGCAAGCUGGUACCCCAUAUGGCGAGACCCAAUCCUCCCAAUUUUGGACCAGGAUUUGUCAACGACGCGCAAAAGAAGCAGUAUGAAGAGUGGCUGAAGGAGACACAGCAGCUUCUCCAGAUGCAGCAGAAGUUUCUGGAAGAGCAGAUCGGGGCGCACAGGAAAUCCAAAAAGGCCCUCUCAGCCAAGCAGCGCACGGCCAAGAAAGCCGGGCGGGAGUUUCCGGAAGAGGAUGCGGAGCAGCUGAAGCACGUGACAGAGCAGCAGGGCAUGGUGCAGAAGCAGCUGGAGCAGAUACGGAAGCAGCAGAAGGAGCAUGCCGAGCUGAUCGAGGAGUACCGGGUCAAGCAGCAGCAGUGUGGGCUGCAGCCGGUGGGGAUACCGGGGGUACCAGGCCAGCCGGGCGUCAUGCCAGGGGGCGCACCGAUGCCCCAGACCAUGAUGAACCCCAUGAUGCAGAUGCAGCCACACCCGGGCCCACCCAACCCGCCCCGAAUGCCCAACCAACCAGGAUGGCACCCCGGCGCCCCACUCCCCAUGGGCGGCCCCAGAAUGCCCGGACUAGUGCCGCCCCAAGGGGCCCCACCCGCCAACCCCGGCCAGCCCCCCCAGCCCCCGAUGGCGGGGGGCAAGCCGGCGCAGGCGACCGGCGACUCCCCCCAUGUCAAGUUCGACGACAACAACCCGUUCAGCGAGGGCUUCCAGGAGCGGGAGAGGAAGGAGCGCCUCCGGGAGCAGCAGGAGCGGCAGCGGGUGCAGCUGAUGCAGGAGGUGGAGCGGCAGCGCGCCCUGCAGCAGCGCCUGGAGAUGGAACAGCAAGGCAUGCUGGGAGCCGACGCCAACCGGGCGCCGCUCUCCCAGAUGGCCUUCUACAACUCGGACCUGCCCCACGACUUCAUGCAGCCGCAGAGGCCACAGCGGCAGCUCGGCCAAAUGUUCCCCCAGCAGCAGAGCAUGCAGCCGGGCUUCAUGGGCUCACCCCCUGGCGCCCCCUUCAUGCAGGGCGGAGAACGCAGGCCCUUUGGCCCUGAGAUGGGACCCAACUUUAGACCCAACAAUCUUGCAAUGCAGGGGCCAAACUUCGCCCCGGGUCAGCCCAGGCCGAUGAGAUUUGGGGGACCCGGCAUGAUGCCCAAAGGCGGGGCUGGGGAGGGACCCCCCUUCGGGAUGGAGUCGGCCACACCCCUACCCCCAAAUUACCCGGGGUCCGGACAGUCACUGAUCCAGCUCUACUCCAACAUCAUCCCUGAGGAGAAGGGGAAGAAGAAGAGGAACCGGAAGAAGAAGAAGGACGAGGACGCAGACUCUGUGAAGACGCCCUCUACCCCGCAUUCGGACCUCACCGCCCCACUGACCCCCUGCGUGUCCGACACAUCCUCCACACCCACCAGGAGCGCCCAGCAAGACUGUGAGCCUCCUGCAGGCUCCUCCACACCAGGCUCCCUGGGCAGCCUGCCCCCCUCCGAGCUGGAGCGGCAGCUGUCGGGGGGUAGCGGCAGCGGGGCGGGGCUGGGCCGGCCGUGCUCGGAUGCAGACAGGCCCCACCACCCAGACGAAGCGGACAGGAUCCUCAGCAACAUCAAGCUGGAGCAGGUAGAGGCCAGCGAGUGCCACGGGCCCAGAGACCACAGGCUGGAGCAGGCGGCCGGAGCCGUGAAGGUGGAGGAGGGGAAGGAAGGGGCGUCGCCUCACCCCGCGGGCCACAGCCCCGCCCACGCCACCAAGGGCGAGUCCAGCAACGAGCUGCUGAAGCACCUGCUGAAGCACAAGGGCACGCCGCCGUCGCUCCCCCACCAGAGGUCGGACGACAGCCUGCGGUCGGAGGACGAGGAGCCGCCGGAGACCAAGGCACUGCAGAAGCGUGGCCCUGCAGACAGCACAGGGGUGGUUGGUGUGAGCCAGCUUUCGGGAAACCCUGAGGCCCUCGCACAUCAGCCGGAUCAGGACAAGAAAAAGCGCAACAAGAGAGCUCCCAAGAGCGGCGAGAAGCCCGCCUCUCGGUACAAAAAGAGGAAGAAGGAGGAGGAGGACAGACAGAUGGUUUAUUCCAGCACCGACACGCUGAUGACUCAGCUAAAACAGCAACUCUCGCUCCUGCCACUGAUGGAGCCCCUGAUAGGGGUCAACUUCGCCCACUUCCCCCCUUAUGGUAGCAGCCAGCUGAACGGGGAGAGCCGGCUCUCCGGGACCUUCGGCAGCGCGUCCCUGGACGGCGUCUCUGACUACUACUCCCAGCUCAUCUACAAGCAGAACAACCUGAGCAACCCCCCGACGCCCCCUGCUUCCCUGCCCCCCACCCCGCCUCCAAUGGCCCGGCAGAAGAUGGUCAACGGCUUUGCCACGAGUGAGGAGCUGGCCAACAAGGCUGGCAUCAUGGGUGGGCAUGAUGUGGCUAAAAGCUUAGGCCCAAAGCAGAUGCAGACCCCGUUCAGACCGGAGGAGGACAUGUUGGCACGGGCAAUCGCUCAGGGCCCCAAAACAGUGGAUGUGCCCGCCUCCCUUCCCACACCCCCUCACAACAACCAGGAGGAGCUCAGGGGCCAGGAACACUGCGAUGACAGGGACACGCCCGACAGCUUCGUCCCCUCCUCGUCCCCGGAGAGCGUGGUCGGCGUGGAGAUCAGCCGCUACCCGGAUCUGUCCCUGGUGAAGGUGGAGCCCCCCUCCCCCGCACCCUCCCCUGUCAUUCCAAUGCUGCCCAGCUCUAGCGGCAAAGGGUCUGAAGCCCGGGAGCGGGACGUGAAGAUGGAGCCCCAGAGCUCUUUCUUCGGGUCGCAGUUUGGGUAUGCCCCGAACGGCCCGAAAACAGGGCUGGUGUCCAUAGCAAUCACCCUGAACCCAACCGCAGCAGAGAACAUCAGCGGCGUGGUGGCGGCCGUGGCUGACCUGCUGUGCGUCAAGACCCCCUGCAGCUACGAGGUCAGCAAUGCCCCAGACAGGGGCCCGCAGGGACCCCACCAUAGCCACCCCUCCAUGUUCCGGGGGCCCGGGGCCGGCCCGCAGGGCAUGGUGCGGUUCAUGAGGCCCGCCGGGCCGCCCGGGACCGUGCCCCCCCAGAUCCAGUUUCCCCCCGUCAGCGCUGGUCCAGCAGUGGUCAGGGGAAACCACCCAACCGGGCCCAGACCACAGUGGUGUUGCCACUGCAAGGUGGUGGUUCUGGGAAAUGGAGUUCGAAAGUCCAACAAAGACUUUUCCCCUGACAAACAGAUUUCGCCGGAGGUCCGAGGAGGAGCAGAGGGGGAGAGGGUCUUCUGCAGCCACAACUGCUUCGUCCUGUAUUCGUCCUCCACGCAGUCCAAAGCUGCUGAUGCCAAGGAAUCUGUUGCCUUGUUCCCUCCUUCGUCUCUCAAAGAGAGCCCUACUAAAACCCAGCACCAGUACAACAACAACAUGUCCACCCUGGACGUCCACUGCUUGGCCCAGCUCCAGCCCAAACAGUCUCCGCCCUCCACCCCGCCCAUCUCCUUCCCGUCAGCCACCUCGGAGACCAAGGCGGAGACCAAGCCGGACGCCCUCAAGGUGACGGUGAAGCUGAAGCCCCGCCCCCGCGCCAUGCACAACGCCGACGCCGACGCCCGCUCGCACGGGAAACGCUGGAAGGGCCUGCGCUGGAGGAAGUGGAGCGUUCAGAUCGUCGUCCCCAAGGGCGACUUCCACCUGCCGGACGAGGACGAGAUCGACGAGCUGCUGCAGAAGCUGGGCUCCUCCCUGCGGCCCGAGCCGCUGCCCCGCGACCUCCGCAAGUGCUGCUUCUGCCACGAGGAGGGCGAUGGGGUCACCGACGGGCCCGCCCGCCUGCUCAACCUGGACGUGGACCUGUGGGUGCACCUCAACUGCGCGCUGUGGUCCACCGAGGUGUACGAGACGCAGGCGGGCGCCCUCAUCAACGUGGAGCUGGCGCUGCGGCGGGGCCUGUCGGUGCGCUGCGCCUACUGCCAGCGCACCGGCGCCACCAGCGGCUGCCACCGGCUGCGCUGCGCCAACGUCUACCACUUCACCUGCGCCCUCAAGGCCCAGUGCACCUUCUUCAAGGACAAGACCAUGCUGUGCCACCAGCACCGGCCACGCGGGGGCGCCCAGGAGCAGGAGCUGCGCUACUUCGCCGUGUUCCGCCGCGUCUACGUGCAGCGGGACGAGGUGCGGCAGCUGGCGGGGGUGGUGCGGCGCGGGGAGCGCGACCACACCUUCCGCGUGGGCAGCCUGAUCUUCCACGCCGUCGGCCAGCUGCUGCCGCAGCAGAUGCGCGCCUUCCACGGGCCCACCGCCAUCUUCCCCGUGGGCUACGAGGCCAGCCGCAUCUACUGGAGCAUGCGCCACGGCAACCGCCGCUGCCGCUACCUCUGCGGCAUCGACGAGAAGGACGGCCGGCCCGAGUUCAGCAUCCGCGUGGUGGAGCAGGGCCACGAGGACCUGGUGCUCACCGACACCACUCCGAAAGGAGUCUGGGAUAAGGUUCUGGGCCCAGUGGCGGAGAGGAGGAGUGAGUCAGGGACGCUUAAGCUCUUCCCAGUCUACCUGAAAGGAGAGGAUCUGUUCGGGCUCACCGUCUCCGCAGUUACCAGGAUCGCUGAAUCGCUCCCGGGGGUGGAGGCGUGCGAGAGCUAUACCUUCCGCUACGGCCGCAACCCCCUGAUGGAGCUGCCGCUGGCCGUCAACCCCACCGGCUGCGCCCGCUCCGAGCCCAAGGCCAGCUCCCACAGCAAGAGGUUUGUGUUAAGGCCCCGCACCCUGACCAGCUCGGGCUCCUCCAAGUCCUUCCAGAGCGUGGCCGGCGGGGAGAUGGGCGCCCUCUACAGCAAGCAGUUCGUCCACUCCAAGUCGUCGCAGUACCGCAGGAUGAAGAGCGAGUGGAAGAGCAACGUCUUCCUCGCUCGCUCGCGCAUCCAGGGCCUGGGGCUGUACGCUGCCCGAGACAUCGAGAAGCACACCAUGGUGAUCGAGUACAUUGGAACGGUUAUCCGCAAUGAAGUCGCAAACAGGAAGGAGAAGAUGUAUGAGUCUCAGAAUCGCGGUGUGUACAUGUUCCGCAUCGACAGUGAGCACGUCAUCGACGCGACUCUCACAGGAGGUCCGGCAAGGUAUAUCAACCAUUCAUGUGCUCCGAAUUGUGUAGCUGAAGUGGUGACAUUCGAGCGAGGUCAUAGAAUCAUCAUCACUUCAAAUCGCAGAAUUCAAAAAGGAGAAGAGCUGUGCUACGACUACAAGUUUGACCUCGAAGACGACCAGCAUAAGAUCCCUUGUCACUGUGGGGCAGUAAACUGCCGAAAAUGGAUGAAUUAAAGAGAAAGAAAAAAAAAAAAAAAAAAAA